CGUCCCGAAUCUCGCGCGAGGCAACGAUGCUCCUCAUCCGAGCGUCUCGCCAGCUGUGACAGUGGAUGGGGGUGCAGAGACCACGAUCAUCAAUACCCUAUCAUUCCAUCCAUCGAACUCGUCGGAUCUGGCGAGAUAGAUUGGCGACGAAGGUAUAAAUACCCCAUCUAGCACCACCUUCACCUCACUCAAUCAUCAGCAAUCUUCUGUGUUAAAGACGAAUACGACCACGACCAACACUCUAUACUCUCCCUUCACGUUGAUACCAUCCCUUCAAAAUGCGUGCGGUAAUCUGGGGCGCGGCCUUCUUUGCGGCGCAGGCGGCUUCGCAAGCGUCCAGCAAAUGCGGAACCGAAGAGAAGUGCAACAAGCUGUGCCAGGACGAGUGGGGAGCAGGCUACCUUUGCAAGCAAUACGACGCCAAGGCCAAGGCGUGCAGGGGCUGUGUGGACUUCAAAUGCAUGACGCGAAAGGAGACCCCGUACCGGGACCCGAUCACGGGCACCUUGGACUGCUGCCCGGCCGACACCCAUUUCGAAUUCAAUGAGAAAGCGAAGAAGGGCAUGUGCUGCGACGACAACAAGUUCCUCAGCGUGAAUGCCACCUUCGGCGCCGUCGGCUGCUGCCCGAAAGGGCAGCCCAAACACGCUCUGUUCGUCGACCCCGAAUCCGGCGAAUCCUCCUGCUGUGAGGCCACGGCCAUUGGCUUCUGGGAUGGAGUGUGUCACUUGCCGGACCCCGGCCCAGGCCCCAACCCAGAUCCCAACCCAGACCCCAAGCCAAAGCCGAAGCCGGAUCCCAAACGAUGCGGACAUCAGAUCUGCCCCCCGGACGAGCAUGACAUGGGCAUCGAGUACGGCAAAUGCUACCGGCUGAUCAGCCCCGUCACGGGCUUCCCGCUGGCGCUGAACGGGGACUACCGCAUCGCCGAGUCAGCGCAGUCCCCUCUGUGGCAGUUCCGCGUGUGCCACAGCCCCACCGACUGCACCCCGGGCGGAACCGUCAAGGCUGACGGGAAAUUCGCCCUCCAGGACGUGAUCGGACCGGUCAACAUCCAGGACCCGGGUCCAUGGUUCGUUUGCAACGGUGGCCAUUACCUACCGUGCAAGGACGCAAAACUGGCCAAAUCCUUCACCGCAAAGAAAUGGUGUACCUCGGACGGCUGUGGCAUCUGCCUUGCAGCGGAUCCCAAGGGCAUCGGUCGUGUCUGCCCGGGUGGCCAUGCUCUGGGUGACAACAACAACCCUCGCCAGUGUAUUCCGUUCAAGGUCGAGGAAGUGUCCUGUCUGGACAAGAACCCCCUGGAUAAAUCGACAUCGGUUGAGGACUCUGAUGAGUGGCAGUAUGACCACGAGCUGUGAGAGGAUGACCGUCUGGACAGUCGGAAUGCUGGAUCCUGAAGUCACCAAUGUAUGGCGAGAAUGAACCUGAAGGAAGCCCUGUCCUGUAUAUAGACAGGACAUGUGUUAGAAUGAUCAAUACAAACCCCAUAGCAUGGGGUCUAUUCAUUGGAUAUCCAUAUCAGCCAUUGUGUUCCAGGAGAAGAAUCGACGUCGUAGUUAUUUCCCUCCAGGAGACGGACUGGCGGAGAAUUUUAUCUCCAGCGGAUGUGCUCAGGCAUCCCC